UACUUAGCCGACUGGGCAAAAAAAAUUGCAUUCGACGUAUCUAACGAAAAAGUAAUAUCACAUUGAUCUGAAGUCAAAUAAAUAACUGAAACUAGUAUGGCAAAUGCUGAUAUCGAAUCUCGAUCAAGUCGCUGGAGAAAGGCAAUGGUAGGUCCACUACCAAACGAUUUUCUCCGGAUAAACAACGGCGUUGAUCCGCAAGUAGCAGCAGACUGUCAGGCAGCAACCGCAGUCUACCAACAACAAGCAUAUCCACAAUAUGUUGCUCCAAAUUACGUCGGCCGCUUAAGUAUCACCUGUGCACAAGCGAAAUUGGCACGCAACUAUGGCCUUACCCGCAUGGACCCAUAUGUGCGUAUACGUGUCGGCCAUUAUGUCUAUGAAACACAAACAGAUCCGAAUGGCGGAAAACAUCCACACUGGAAUCGGGUUAUACAAAGUCAACUAGCGGCGGGCGUUAAUUCCAUUUUCAUUGAAAUAUAUGACGAAUGUAGUUUUAAAAUGGAUGAAUUGAUUGCUUGGUGUGAAAUUAAAAUACCACAAAGUGUAAUGCGUGGUGAAACACACGAGGAAUGGUAUCCACUAAGUGGCAAGCAAGGUGAAGGCCUCGAAGGUGCCAUUGAUAUUGUCUUGAGCUUCUCAAAUCAACCAAUGCCGCCAUACAUGUACCCAAGCAUGGGAGGAACUGCACAAAUGCUGAUGGUGCCGCCAGGUAGACCAAUGCCAAUUUUCGUCACACCGCAGCAACCGGCAGUUGCAAAUACGGUGAUUACCCCGGCACCGCCACGGCAAUUGUCCGAGGAGGAAUUGAAACAAAUACACGAAAUGUUUCCCAAUAUUGAUAAAGAAGUUGUCAAGUCUGUUUUUGAGGCGAACCAUGGUAAUAAAGAUGCUACAAUAAAUUCCUUGCUGCAAAUGAACGAGUAAGGGGGAACGCGGAAAGCUAUUCACAUACAUACAUAACAGACAUAGGUACAUAUAUAUGUACAUGCAUACGUGUAUAUAAUAUAUACAAAUACAUAUGUAUAUGUAUUCAUUAUAUCAAGCUGAUAUUUUAAUUAUUGAUUUAGUUUUAAUUUUAAGUACAAAUAUUUUAAUGUUUUAACAUUGAAAGUUUAUUAAUUAAAAACUUUCUUUUUAACAACAAACAAAUUCAUAGAACUAUAAACUGAAAAUCAAGAAUUUAAACAAGUAUAAAAACAUACAGUUAAUUACCCUAGAUGCACUAAGUCGUUUAUCACUAAGGCAUCAGGGAUUAGAAAAACGUUCGGGUCUACAAGACGUUGAUGAUGAAUAUUUUAAAAGAAUGCCUUCUCUCGUUCAAUUUUAAAUAAGCAUUCGGGACUGAACGACUCUUAUGAACAGCAUGGUCGUGCAAUUUCGUUGGUAAAUUUGGCGCAGGGCAAUGCUUCCC